AUGUUAAUUGGCGUUCGGGCGAUUGAGCUGAAAACAAGCACCGUAUUCCGCUGGAGCAAUGGUCAGACAGCUCAUUUCAUAAACUUCAUCCAGAAGCAUGGGGCAAACGCCCGUACGACUGCCGACUUGAAUCCUCUGCUGGUUCUUCUCAAUCUGGACGGAUACAAGGGCAUCAGAACGCACGAGGAUAAGGAUGUUGAGGGCAUCCUCGUGGAAAAGAUCAAACUAAACUUCGCAAUAGUGAGAAGAAGAUGCGUGAAUAAAUCGGAGGAGACGAGAACCCAAGUGCCACGUUACAAUCUUUCCGAAACACGUCAGCAACUAAGCCAACGGUAUAUUGCUGAGUCGCCUAAUUUGCGCAAGCCACACGGAAGCCAAUCAGGCGUAUUCAGCAGGCCUGAGCCUGAGCUACAGAAACCCGCUGUUUCUAGGGGCCCUCCGUUAUUGAAGUUCCCCAGAGAUGCAAAUCAAGGCACUUCCGCUGCUCGCGUUUCACAACCAAGUAGCCCUACCGUCAGGCCGGAACACCCUUACCUGAAGGUGCCCAAGAGUGAAUCGGGACCUUCGCAAGGGGAUGCCAAACCUACGGUGCAAUAUUCGAGUAGCUCGUUGGGAGCUGCAAGAACGAUUCCAUUGAAGCAAACUGCCAGGAAGAGCAAAGCAGAACGUAUUUUUGAGACCAGGCAGGCAUUUGACGAAACGCUGCUUGAAGUCGACCAAGAGCCCGACGAAGAGGAGGACGACGAGCUGUAUGAUCUCAUGGCAGCACUACUGAAAAUGAGUCGAAACUACUUGUAUAAGAAAGGUGUUGUCCCUCUCCUGGACCUGGCUGAUGGGCAUACUUGA